AUGUCUGCAGAUACGAGGCGGCAGCAGCAGGAGCGGCAGCAGCAGGAGCGGCAGCAGCAGGAGCAGCAGCAGCAGCAGCAGCACACCAUCUCCGACGCAGAGCUGGCCGACAUCUACACCUUUGCCAUCCAGCUGGGCAAAGACGCCGGACAGAUUCUUUUGAGUCGUCUGCAGCGGCGACGACGGGACGGAGAUGGAGAUGGCGAUGACAAGGACGAGGCGAAGACCGACAACAACGAUGACCAGCCGGUGGAAGAACUCGUCCUUCACGAAAAACUCAACGCCGUCGACAUCGUGACCGCCACCGACACCGAGGUCGAGGCCUUCAUCCACGCCGCCAUCACGCAGCGGUACCCGUCGCACGGCUUCGUCGGCGAGGAGACGUACUCGCAGGGUUCGUCCAAGGAAUACCUCGUGCGCCCGGACCGGCCGACGUGGGUGGUCGACCCGCUGGACGGCACGGUCAACUUCACGCACGGCUUCGGCAUGUUCUGCGUGAGCAUCGCGUUGGUGGUGGACGGCCAGGAGCCCGUGGUCGGCGUGGUCUACGCGCCGCUGCUGGGCCAGUUGUUCUCGGCGUGUCGGGGCCGCGGCGCCUGGCUGAACGAGACCACCCGUCUGCCGCUCCUGGGCCGGCAGGGCGUCGGACCCAUCCCCCGCGACGCCCCCGCGAAAUGCGUCUUCGCCUGCGAAUGGGGCAAGGACCGCCGCGACAUCCCGGACGGCAACCUGCACCGCAAGGUCGACAGCUUCGUCACCAUGGCGUCCGAACUCAGCGGCCGAGGUGGCCGGGGCGGCAUGGUCCACGGCGUGCGCAGUCUCGGCAGCGCGACGCUGGACCUCGCGUACACGGCCAUGGGUAGCUUCGACAUCUGGUGGGAGGGCGGGUGCUGGGAGUGGGACGUUGCGGCGGGCAUAUGUCUGCUGAAGGAGGCCGGCGGGCUGGUCACCACGGCGAAUCCACCGGAAGACUGGGAGACGACGGCCACCACCACCACCACCACCACGACGGCUGAGAUCGUCGACGCCAAACUGGGGGGCCGGCUGUAUCUCGCCAUUCGACCGGCCAGUGACGGGCCCGAUGGCGAGACAGCGCGGCAGGGCCAGGAGAGGUGUGUGAGGGAGGUCUGGAGGAGAGUAGGAGAUUGGACUAUUCGAGGCCGGGAGCUUGAGUUGGGGGUGAAGAAGAAGACGAAGAAGACGACGAUGACGACGAAGAAGAAGCAUCGCUCACUAGAGCAGCGCAAGAUCAUUCAUUCAUGUCUACCACGUACACCUUCUAUAUCUAUAUCUCUAGAUGUCUAUAUAUCAAAUCAUCUCAUAUCAUCUCAAGGAAGGGUAUCUCAACAAGAACACAAGAGUGAGAGAUAG